UUUAAAAAAAAGAAAGUCAUUGUAAACUAUGUAUUGUCGACAUCUCGUGAAGUCAGAAGCGACCUUAUUCCAAGCCCUCCGACCUACAAUACCAAAUACGGAUACCUCAGCUGGGAGUCCUACUACAACAUCUCCUACUACACUCGUCUCCUCCCUCCUGUCCCUGAGGACUGUCCUCUGCCGAUGGGGACUAAAGGUAAACCGCUUCUUCCUGAUCCCAAAGUGUUGGCUGAGAGGUUUUUUAGGAGAAAGAAAUUCAGGCCGGACCCUCAGGGAACCAAUCUGAUGUUUGCCUUCAUGGCUCAACACUUCACGCACCAGUUCUUCAAGACAAACCAAGAAGUUCAGUGGGGCUUCACCAAGGCUUUAGGACACGGG